UCACAUUUCAAACCAUAAUUCAGCUACAAUACACUGAAAGGAGCAGUAAUUUCCCAAAAACAUCAACCAGUCUUCAAUCAAUUUAAUUUCCUAUAGUUAUUCAUAGGUAAUUUUCAAUAAAAUAAACAAAUAAACAAAAAGUCACAAGUUCAUAGACUUGUGAUCCCUUUAGCGCACCGGGAUGCGCUUUUUAUUUCGGGAACAAGCCAAAUAUGUGCAGUAUCACAUUCUUCUCACAGGAAUUCUCCAAAUCUAAACUAGUUAUUCUUGUUAUUUUAUGAUGUUGACGUAAAGAUUAAUCCAGGAAUAUAAGAUUGUUAAUAAGCCUCCAUAUCAAAAAGAAAAACUUUUUUUAAAACCGUGGUGUUCGGGCCAGGCUUUCGCGCACCUCGACUAAAUCCACGGGAUAUCUUCCACCUUCCACUUCUCACCAACAAUAACAGAUAUCAGUUAACUUUGUCCCCCAAGGCCCUGUGUCUACCAAAGCUAUGACAUGAUAGAUGGGAAGAAUCACCUAGUGUUUUUUCUCAACUGGGAUUUGGACCUGAAACCUCAGGUUCUCAACCCACUUUAUUGACUACUAGGCCACAUACCAUUGGGUUCCAAAAGAAUACCUUUUUUUACACAAUUCAAAGCAUCAUAUUUUCAAUACAAAAUACAAAACCAAUGUUUAAUCACAUUUCAUACCCUAAUUCAGCUACAACACACUAAAAACAGUAGUAGUUUCCCAGAAACAUCAAUCAAUUCAAUUCAAUUUCAGUUUAUACAAAAGCGUUUUUCGAUAAACACAAAUCAAAUAAACGAAAAACUCACAAGAUCAUAGCAAUUUCCUUCAUACUCAAACGACUUAUAAAAUCUUUUCCUCACUCUUCCUCUUCUAGUAACCCUAAUAACCUCACCAAUCGGCUUCACAUGAUCUUCCUCCUCUACCGCUGGCUCCGUCGCUUCGUCAACCCAAUCCAAAUCCACCUUUGCUCCCUCCAUCUUCUUCACCCUCUUCCCUCUCCCUCUCUCCUCCUCCUUCGACUUUGUUUUCGGCAACCUUUACUUUUCUUUUUCGUCGAGUUUCAUUUUCUUACGUUUCCAUUGAUUCACUUUCUCUUCUCCGCCGCUAUUCUUGGAGCCGCAUGUUACACGCGAUAUCGGGAGUUCGUCCUCGUCGUCGCUUGCGGCUACCACUGCGUGCCGCUGGUUUCUCAUUUUGGUUUUGCUACAAGUGUAGAGUGAAAUGAGAGAACAAGGAAUCUACUGUAGGUUCUUCUAUUUGACAAAAUAUUUCACAAGACUAGGGCACAAUAUAUAUACCAAGACAGUUUUAGGGGUUGUUUGGUAAACCAGAUUGUACUAUUUUGUUAUAUUUGUAAGAAUACGCAGAGAGAGAAUUUCACAAAUUGUAGAAUUCCACUUGCUGACGCGUGUUAUUUAGUUGAAUUAUUUAUAUGGAAAUUAACAAUUUUGAUAGUAUUUAUUGGGAUCUUAUAUCAUAAUUAUGGUAUUAUUAUGGGAUAAUUAAGUAAACUAAUUAUUCGAUCAUUUUUUGUUACUUAAAAUAGCACAACUAUUGUUUUAUUACCAAAUAUAUUUGUAUAGUUUUAUUUUCUCUUUGUUGUUUUCCUUUGUUUUUUUUUCAUGAUUUGGGAUAUAGUGAUUUCACAAUAUAUAUAUCCGCUUAUACUAUCCGGUUUACCAAAACAACCCCUAAAAAAUCUUGGUAAAUAUAUUGUGCCUUGUUCUGUUAAAACAUUUUGUCAAAUAGCAGAACCUCCAAUAGAUUCCUUGUUUUGUCAUUUCACUCUACACUUGUAACAGACCAAAAAUGGAAAACCGAUGGCACGCGGUGGUAGCCGUAAGUGACGACAAGGACGAAAUGCUGAUAUCGCGUGUAACAUGCGGCUCCCGCAACGGUGGCGGAGAAGAGAAAACGAUCCAACGGGAACGUAAGAAAAUGAAACUCCACGAAGAGGAAAAGCCCUCGAAAACAAAUCCGAAGAAGGAGGGGAGAGGGAGAGGAAAGAGAGUGAAAAAGAUGGAGGAUACAAAGGUGGAGUUGGAUCGGGUUGUAGAAGCAACGGAGGUGGCGGAGGAGGAGGAAGAUCAUGCGAAGCCGAUUGGUGAGGUUAUUAGGGUUACUGGAAGAGGAAGAGGGAGGAAAAAUUUUUAUGAGUCGUUUGAGUAUGACGGCAAUCGCUAUGAAUUUGAGGAUCCUGUGCUCUUGGUUCCAGAAGCAGAUCAGAAGCCUUAUGUGGCAAUUAUCAAGGUAAUUCCUUUUCCCUGGAAGAUGCAUAACUUUUUUGGUACUUGCACCCAAGGGUAUGGCAUGAAGUGGGUGUAAACCUUGGACAUCAGG